CUGGCCACAUCCCGUGUAUGAAACCCGCCAUCUUGUAGCGCUGAGAAGGAGAAGAGCAGCAGAUAUGGCUGAUUACAGCAGCGUGGCUCCACCGUCCUCUAACGCUGGUGGCGGAAUGAACGACGCUUUUAAAGAUGCUCUACAGCGAGCACGACAGAUUGCAGCGAAAAUCGGCGGUGACGGCGUCGCAGCACCCCCAACUAAUGAAUUUGGCUACGGAGGCCAGAAAAGGCCCCUGGAGGACGCUGGUGGGUAUUUUCCCAUGCCUAACCUGAAUAUCGACCAACCAGAGACAAAGAAAGUGGCUACAAAUGAUGCCUUUUCAGCAAUGGGAGGAAUGGGUGGCCCCCCAAGGUCAAUAUCAGAGGAAUUCAAGGUUCCCGAUGGAAUGGUUGGAUUCAUUAUUGGAAGAGGAGGCGAACAAAUAUCACGUCUGCAGCAGGAGUCUGGAUGCAAAAUACAGAUUGCACCUGACAGCGGAGGCAUGCCAGAUAGGUCAGUGACAUUAACAGGACCACAGGAGUCCAUCCAGGCAGCAAAGAGGCUACUCACAGAGAUAGUUGAGAAGGGGCGCCCGGCUCCAGCUUUCAACCACAACGACGGCCCAGGAAUGACUGUCCAGGAGAUUAUGGUCCCUGCCUCUAAAGCCGGACUUGUCAUUGGGAAGGGAGGAGAAACUAUCAAAAGCCUUCAGGAAAGAGCUGGAGUGAAGAUGGUCAUGAUCCAAGACGGACCCCAAAACACAGGUGCAGACAAGCCACUCCGCAUUUCAGGAGAACCCUUUAAAGUUCAGCAAGCCAAAGAGAUGGUGAUGGAGCUAAUCAGAGAUCAAGGCUUCAGGGAGCAGAGGGGCGAGUAUGGUUCACGAGUUGGAGGUGGAGGCGGCGGCGGCGGAGGAGAUAGCUUGGAUGUUCCCGUCCCCCGGUUUGCAGUUGGAAUUGUCAUUGGCAGAAAUGGAGAGAUGAUCAAGAAAAUACAGAAUGACACAGGCGUCCGAAUUCAGUUUAAACCAGAUGACGGCAGCACACCAGACAGGAUAGCCCAGAUCAUGGGCCCCCCUGAUCAGGCUCAGCACGCCGCAGAAAUCAUAUCCGAUUUGCUGAGGAGCGUCCAGGCCGGUGGGCCUCCAGGACAUGGAGGUGGCAGGGGUCGUGGUCGCGGGCAGGGGAACUGGAACAUGGGCCCCCCUGGUGGCCUGCAGGAGUUUACCUUCACUGUCCCGACGAUGAAGACUGGUCUCAUCAUCGGAAAAGGUGGUGAGACAAUCAAGGGCAUCAGCCAGCAGUCUGGAGCCAGGAUCGAGCUACAGAGGAAUCCUCCACCCAACGCCGAUCCUAACAUCAAAAUGUUCACAGUUCGGGGCUCCCCUCAACAGAUAGACUACGCCAGGCAGCUGGUGGAGGAGAAAAUUGGGGGACCAGUCACUCCAAUGGGAGGCCCACACGGCCCCCCUGGUCCACAUGGAGGUCCAGGCCCACAUGGUCCUCCUGGACCACCAGGCCCCCCAGGUGCUCCCAUGGGUCCAUACAACCCUGGACCAUACAACCAGGGCCCUCCAGGACCACAUGGUCCACCUGCACCGUACCAGCCUCAGGGAUGGGGCAAUGGCUACCCACACUGGCAACAAGGACAGCCGGAUCCAAGUAACGAAACUGGCUUGUGUCCAGAUAAAGCAGCAGCUGAUGCCAACGCAGCAGCGUGGGCAGCCUACUAUGCGCAAUACAGCCAGCAGCCGCAGGCUCCCAUGACCCCGACAAGCGGAGCUCCUGGCACGACUCAAACAAACGGCCAAGGUGACCCACAGGCUGCAGGUCAGAGUGGACAGGCAGAUUACUCCAAGGCCUGGGAGGAAUAUUACAAGAAAAUGGGUCAACAGAGUCAACAACCUCAGGACUACACGAAAGCCUGGGAGGAGUAUUACAAGAAACAAGGUCAAGCGGCCCCUCAGGCCACAGCAGCGGCAGCAGCAGCUUCCCAGCCUGGAGGCCAGCCAGACUACAGCGCUGCUUGGGCGGAGUACUACCGUCAGCAGGCCGCUUACUACGGCACAGCCAACCCUCAGACGAUGGGUGCAGCACCACAAGCCCCUCAGGGCCAGUAAUGUGAAGUGGACAUAAAGUAAAUGCUACAUUGUCGAAACAAAAUCCUUUGUUAAAUGUUUGGAUGCAGACGCCUUGAUGAAGAUCUUAAAUUUCCUUGGUUUGAAAGCGUUUCACAUAGAUGGCAGAUUACCCGGCGAACACGUCCUCUUUCAAUUUUUUUUUGUUUUCCUUUUUCUUGUAAAUGCUUUGUUUUUAGUGAGGUAAUUAUACAUAUGGUCAUUCCAGCCCUGUAUCUACAUUAAAUGUGGUUAGAAGUCAUGUUUAUUAAACUGUAGACAUUACCAUGUAAAUCAUCUCAGUUUUAAAAUGCUAUUGCCUGUUGUGUUUUUGCAAUAAAACAAACUGAAACCUCCUGUGUUGGUAAGUUGGGGUGGUUUUAAACUAAAAGGGUUAAAAUGAGUUUCUGUAUGUUUUUUUUUUUUUUU